GAUGCGAUCCGGAGAACACCGCGAAACAUGUGACCUUCGUAGAGAUGUCGUCCGUCAAAAUGUGCGCCUCCGUAGGUUGCAUGGGGAUGAUCAAAUUGUGCAUUGUCCUUUUAUUGAUUGUGUUUGUGAUUGACAGGGUGAAUUGUGCAAAAAACAGGAAUAGACACACGAAUACUUCGCACGCUGUUCAGCAGCACUUGCGCUCAAGAGCGCCAGUUGUUGAGAAGGAGACUGAUUUUUUGAAUAAGGGGGGAAAGAUCUGUAUUGGUACAAAUGGACGAUUGUCCGUUCCGUCAAAUCGGGAUCGUCAUUAUCGAAAUCUCAAGGACCGCUACACCAACUGUACCUACGUCGAUGGUAAUCUCGAAUUGACAUGGCUCCAAGACCCAGAUCAUCACGACCUCAGCUUUCUUCAGGACAUACGAGAAGUUACUGGUUACGUUCUCAUCUCCCACGUCGACGUCAAAAAGGUAGUUUUUCCAAAGCUGCAAAUUAUAAGAGGAAGAAAUUUGUUUUUAAUGAGCGUAGCCAAUCAAAAUUUUUCUUUGAUUGUGACGUUAUCGAAAAUGCAAACAUUAGAAUUACCAGCUCUAAAAGAUAUUUUAAGAGGCAACGUCGGCUCCUUUAAUAACUAUAAUCUCUGUCAUAUCAAAACCAUUAAUUGGGCAGAAAUCAUUUCAUACGGAAAUUUCUCUUAUAUCUACAACUUCACUUCGCCCGAGAGAGAAUGUCCUGCAUGUGACAGAGAAUGUGAAUAUGGAUGCUGGGGAGAAGGAAAACACAACUGCCAACAAUUCUCCAAAAUCUUCUGCAGCCCUCAAUGCGCUGGAGGUAGAUGCUUCGGACCAAAGCCCAGAGAGUGCUGUCAUCUUUUUUGUGCUGGUGGUUGUACUGGGCCUACUCAAAGUGACUGUAUAGCUUGCGUAAAUUUCUACGAUGAUGGUGUUUGUACGCAAGAAUGUCCUCCGAUGCAGAUCUAUAAUCCUAGUACGUAUUCUUGGGAGCCGAAUCCUGCUGGAAGGUAUGCGUAUGGUGCCACCUGUGUUAAAAAAUGUCCGGAACAUUUGCUAAAAGACAAUGGUGCUUGUGUGCGAAUUUGUCCUCCUAACAAACACGCUAAAAACGGUGAGUGUGUUCCUUGUGAAGGACCGUGUCCUAAACCUUGUACAUUCGACGGUACUAUUCACUACGGCAACAUUAAUACUGUCAGGAACUGUACUGUGUUAGAAGGAAACAUAAACAUUUUACAAAAUUCUUUAAACGGCUACCAGCAUGUUUACGAAAAUUUUACGUUUGGUGAAAGAUACCCUCCUAUGCAUCCAAGUGCCUUAGAAGUGUUCAGUACUUUGAAAGAAAUAACCGGAUAUUUAAAUAUACAAGCGUAUCAUCCAGAUUUUAAAAAUCUUUCGUGCUUCCGUAACUUGCAAGAAAUCGGUGGACGGACUCUAUACGAAUAUUCCACGUCGGUCUACAUAGUAAAAACUUCUCUCGAAUCAUUGGAGCUCAGAUCUCUAAAAACGAUCAAAAUGGGAACAGUGGCAAUAUUGGAAAAUCAGCAUUUAUGCUUAACAGAAGGAAUCAACUGGAAAUCUUUACAGAAAAGCAACGAGAGCAAUUUGAUGUUAUUUAAUAAUAGUGAUCCCGAGAGUUGCCGAAAGAGAGGACUGGUAUGUGAUUCUCAAUGUGAUCACAGCGGUUGUUGGGGCCCAGGACCAGAUCAGUGCCUUUCUUGUUUGAACUUCAGGCUUGGACAUACGUGCUUGCAGAAUUGCAAUGUAAAACCUGGACUCUAUCGUGCAAGUAUGAACGAAUGCAAGCCUUGCCACGAACAGUGCGGCUACUCUUGCCACGGACCUGGAGCAGAUAACUGCACGUCAUGCAAACAUCUCCGCGACGGCAACUUCUGCGUAUCCAAAUGCAUGAGGAAUAAAUACGAGCAACAUGGCCUGUGUCAACAAUGUAACGAGAAUUGUGUUGAAAGCUGCACAGGACCUUCGAGUACCCUGGGACGAGGAGGUUGUGAUGCCUGCGAGCUGGCUAUAGUAAAGGAGAAUACCUAUGUGUGUUUGAAUAGGACUGACACUUGUCCAGAUGGUUAUUAUUUCGAAUAUAUUGGACCACAUUCUAUGGAAGGAUCUAAUCCGAAUACGACGGCAGUUUGUAGAGGAUGUCAUCCUAGAUGUAAAAAGUGCACUCAAUUUGGAUUCCACAAAUCAAUCUGCCAAGAAUGUACUCAUUUCAAGAAAGGUGAGCAGUGUGAAGAUGAAUGCACUCCAGAUUACUACCCAGAUAUAUCUAAAAACGAAUGCAUCGCUUGUGACAAAGAAUGUAGGGGGUGCACUGGACCAGGCAAUGACAAUUGUAUUGAGUGUCAUAACUUAAAACUCUUCCCAGAUGGUAACAUCGAUAUGAACAGUACCAAGUUUGCGUGUGUUUCCGUUUGUCCAUCAGAUUUUCCCUAUAAGGUAUAUCCAGAAGAAGGUCAUGCGUAUUGUUCUGACAUAGCAAGUAGUUCUCUACUAUCUUCUCCUAAAAAUACUUUUGAGAUCUUGAUUAUUGUGGUUGGAGUUACUGUGGGCCUUACCAUAUUACUAGGACUUAUUUAUGCAUUUUGCUACUACCAACGUAAAGAAAAAAUCAAAGAAAAUGCAAUGAAAAUGACCCUAGCAUUAACUGGUUUGGAAGAUAACGAACCGUUGAGGCCUACUAACGUAAAACCCAACGUAGCAAAACUAAGAAUAAUAAAAGAAACGGAACUCCGAAGGGCUAAUGUUCUUGGUUACGGAGCUUUUGGUAAAGUGUAUCAAGGAGUUUGGAAUUUGGAAGGAGAAAACUCAGCUAAAAUUCCAGUGGCAAUAAAAGUUUUACGAGAAGAUACUGGAGCAAAUACUAGUAAAGAUUUCUUGGAUGAGGCUUAUAUUAUGGCAACAGUAGAUCAUCCCAAUCUCCUGCAACUACUUGGAGUUUGCAUGACAUCACAGAUGAUGUUGGUAACACAGCUAAUGUAUUUGGGCUGUCUUCUAGAUUUUGUACGAAACAAUCGGGACAGAAUUGGUUCAAAAGCUUUGUUAAAUUGGUCUACGCAAAUUGCUAGAGGAAUGGCGUAUUUGGAAGAAAAACGUUUGGUCCAUAGAGAUCUUGCAGCUAGAAAUGUUCUUCUUCAAACACCCGGUUGUGUAAAAAUAACUGACUUUGGCUUGGCCAAGCUCCUAGAUAUAAACGAAGAAGAAUACAAAGCCGCUGGCGGCAAAAUGCCUAUCAAAUGGUUGGCCUUAGAAUGUAUUCAACAUCGAAUAUUUACCCACAAAUCUGAUGUUUGGGCGUUCGGUGUUACGGUUUGGGAAUUGCUAACUUUUGGUGAGCGUCCUUACGACAAUGUUCCUGCUAGAGAUGUACCUGAAUUAUUAGAAAAGGGGGAGAGGUUGCCUCAGCCCGAAAUAGCUAGCAUCGAAGUUUAUAUGAUAUUGAUAAAGUGCUGGAUGCUAGAUGCGGAGAGCAGACCUUGCUUUAAGGAGUUGGAAGAUGAUUUUUUCAAGAUGGCCUUAGAUCCUGGAAGAUAUUUGGCAAUACCUGGAGAUAAAUUCAUGAGGCUGACAAAUUUCCCCAAUCAACAGACCGACAGAGAAAUUGUAAGAAGUCUUGCCUCAGUGAUAGAAUCCUCCGAAGGUACGUUUGAAAAUGAUGAAAAUCUCCGACCCAAAUCACGUGCCCCUUUGAAUGCCAGUGGUCUAAUAAUACCCUCAAUGUCGCCAUCCCCAAGUAACAACAGCUAUUGGCCUUCUGCUCAACCGAUGACAUCUGAUGGAAGUACUUCGCAGUAUCAAAAUCAUCUGAAUCAAAAGUUGUUGCGGUAUGCACAGUCACACGGAUUCGACUCCAGUAUUCCGACUCAGUCUGAUGCCUCAAGCAUUAAAUAUUGUGGGAAUUCUCUUAAACUAAGGGAUGAUAUCGGUUCUGAUGAAUAUGAUUCAGUUGCGAGAUCACAAGCUAAAGUAGGAACCUUGAAAUUGGACCUUCCAGUUGACGAAGACGAUUACUUGAUGCCUUCGCCGCAACAGACUCAAGGAAACACUACUUAUGUCGACGUAAUCGAUACCAAAAAUGCCGACCAUCCUACCCAAACCCCCUUCACUAAUUACCAAGAUCUCUAUAAGAACAAUGUCGACAAUCCUGAAUAUUUGAUGAACAACGAUCCUCCCAGUCAAACCGUUGGUCUUCCUACAGUGUCAGAAUUCGUUUCCUCCGGCAAUUUUGACAAAGCCUCUGGGUUCAUGCCCCCUCCAGCGUACUUACCUCAGAAAUCAGAAGAGGAAUCUGAUCAUGAAUAUUACAACGAUUUCGAUAGGCUGCAAAGAGAGUUGCAACCUCUUCAGAGAAAUAAGGAUGGAUCUAUUGUUUGAUUUUCGGGAUUAUCUGUUGUACAUCGCACAAAACUUAAUGUACAAAACUGUGAAUACAAAUUCAGUAAAACUGAAGCUAUUGGAGUACUGUUCAGUUUAAAUCUAAUGAGAAAUAUGAUUUUUUUAUCCACAGAAGAAAAAGAAACUAGUGUGGUUUUUAAAGAUUGUAUAAAUCGAUGAUCUGCAGAAUCCUUUUAUGUCAUGGUUACGUCUGUAUCAAUUACCUAUUCUAAGAAGAAAUGCUGCCAAAUUUUGUACUUUUAUCUGUCAGAACCUAUUCUUGUAUAUCUUGUUCUUCUUUUAGUGAAAUAAAAGCGGGAAUCUUAAGUCACCGUGCUAUACUACGUUGUAUAUCACACGUAGGUGUAUGUGUAUAUAGCAACGUACACACGUUGAAAACCCAGCACUUUUCAAAGUCUGGUAUUCUAUAUUACCAUGACUUUCGUGUUUAUCUUCAACCGGGGCUCGAAAUGUGAGUUCAUUAAAUUGACAAAACAACUUUGCACAACUUGCCAUAACUUUUAUUAGUUCAUCACGUAACUUCGAGCAUCUACUAUCAGAGACAGCCUCUUUCUGAGUGCGAGACAUGAACCAAGGUUAAAUAUCUGCAAGAUCGAUUUUAUUUGAACGAAACAGUACCUCAAUUAAUAUGUUAGUUUUAUUGACUCUUUUUAGAUCCUUAAGGCCUUUUGUACUUUCAUUUUGGAGGCAAGGCUGUGGUAAACGAUCGUUUUUAUGAUACUUAAUUAGAUUUAGGAAUCGUUUAACUGUAAUGUCAAAACUUUGACAAUAACUGAGUGCCAUGGAAAUGGCGUAAUUUAUGUACAUAAUUUUGCAUGAACUUUAUCCUUUUUCGGAGACAGGAAAUAUUGUUAUAAAUGAGCGGAAUUUUAUGAAAUGUUUUAUAUUUUAUGAUUUUAAAUUCUACGUGAUUGUGAUUUUAUAAUUAUUUCGAUAUUAUGUUUAGAAAAUGUAAGGGAGGUUGUAAACUUUGUUUUUUUGAUAUUAUUAUAAUCUUUGUUUUCUUCUAUUAUAGUACAAGAUUCCUCUGCAGGAUCACUACGUUCAUAACGCAUUAAUUAAACUCACAUAUUUACAUACAUUUAAAAUUAGAAGAAUACCUUGAUAAUAGGUUGCCAGUUAAAAACGUGGCAGCAAAUACUUUAAAUUCAAAUAAUAGUACAUAAUUUCUAACCAAAAUUGUAUUUCGUUCAUUUAUUAAAAAAAAAGACGCUGUCUAUGUCGUUUAUGCAUAUUUUUUUUUAUAUUUAUUUAAAGCUAAUGUUUUUCUUAAGAACUGGACACCCUAAUUUGCGACCAUUUUUUUGUCAGCAAACUUUAU